UUGAUGCUUUAUUUUUAGCUUCAAAGAGUGGAGUGAAGGCCCAAGAUAUUAGGGAGAUUAAUAAGAUGGAAAUCAAACCACGCCCCUACCAAUUAUCUGAUGUGGAUGACUUCAUGGAAUGGGCAUGCGAUGAUCAAGUCAUAAGCAAGAGCAAACUAAGGUACUACACUUCAAGAGAAGAUGCACUUGAUUAUCUUAGGGAAGUUGCCAUUCCUCACCCAUGGUACCGGGCCAUAUGCUUGGAGGACCGUCCCAUUGGAUUCAUAUGUGUCAAACCAGGGUCUGACUAUGAGAUAUGUAAAGGGCAAAUCAGCUAUGCUCUUGGAUCAAAGUAUUGGAACAAAGGUAUAACCACAGAGGCAGUGAAAUUGGUUAUUUCUAGUGUGUUUGAAGAGUUUCCAAAUAUGGAGAGAUUGGAAGGCUUUGUUAAUGUGGAAAUUAAGGCCUCACAAAGGGUUUUGCAAAAGGCUGGGUUUCAAAAGGAAGGUGUACUUAGGAAAUAUGUCAUUGUCCAUGGGAAGACAAUUGAUGUUAUUAUGUAUAGCUUUUUAAGAACUGAUCAAACUAACUGAAGAAUUGCAUGAAAAUCCUUCACAACACUUGGAGCAAAACUCGUGGCCUUAGGCCAUGAUUGAAGCCGCUAUGUAGGCAAAUUCCUUUGUUUAAGUUCUAAAAUUUGUGUUUUUACCAUUUUUAGUACCUUUUUUUUUU